CAUACAUCCAUGACGAGGUAACCGCCCGAUACAAGGGACAAAGAAGCAGGAUAAAUGAGAGCCUUCCGGAGCCAAACACGGUUUGUCCCUGGCGCAGCCCAUGUCACGUUCACCUGAAGCCACCACUCAGAGUCCAACCACUCAAAAUCCACGCAAGCGCCCACGCUCCGAUUCUGCUCAGUCCGAGGCGCAUGAGCACGAAAAUACGAUCAGCAUCGGUUAUUUCACCCUUGAAUUCAUUCGCGCAUACCACACCGUCUUGCGAACCUUGAACCUUGAACUGGACAGUCUCAGCAAUCCGGCGGACUUCUCCUCACUUCUUUUCCCCUCACUCCUGAAGUCGACCGUGCCCUCCUUGGACAAGGAGAGGAAUGUCUAUUCGUAUAGGCAUGUGGGAACUAGGACUGUGAGGAUCGUUUACGAUUCUUUCCAACGAUUAGAACGGCAGACGUCUUCCGUCCUGCCGCUAGUGGGAACGUUAGGAUGUGGGAAGACGCACCUGCUCGCAGUUUUGGCUAGUUUCCUGUUCACGAAGGGCAUGCCAAUAAUUUUCCUGCCGCAUGCGGACACCCUCGAACAUGACUCUCUGCACUGGCUGAAAUUGGCAUUCGCACUCGCUUUCGCUGACAUCGAGGGUGCUGUCGAACGAAUCGCAGGUCUCCAAUCUCUAAACGAUUUAAUUCUAUUCUCUCGAAACAAUUCAAAACAGCUGUACUUCUUGGUGGAUGGAUUCGACCUGGUGGCGGACGAUCUGAAAGCUACCAUUUACUCGUUGGUGUCAAACCACUUCUUGGUCUAUACAACAUACCAACUCGCUGGGCGCAUUUCACUUUCGAUUCGUCUCCCGUCAAAAUUUUCUGAGCAAGAUGCCUGGAAAUGGAUGGAACAUUACGAGAACGAUUUCCCCUCCUCGAUGACCAUGCAAAACCGAUUAUUCCUCAAAUAUAUCACGGGAGGGAUCCCCGCUCACCUGCAGGCGAUGCGCGAAUUUCGGGGACAAGCCUUCAAGGAGAUCGUCAGCAAGUUCCGGCAAUGCCAUAAAAUGCAGGCCUUGGCUGAUGACGUGACGGCUUUUCAUUCGCGGAUGGAGUCGCUCAAGUCUGCAGACAGAAAACGCUACCUACAGCUAGUCACCGCGUGCCUGACCGACACCAUCCCAGAAAUUCGACACGGGUCUCAUCCGACGCUGUAUGAUCCGCGUUACUUUUGCUUCGACGACGAAGGCCGAGGUUGUUGUGCGAGCGGUCUGGCACGUGACAUCAUGAUCAACCUGCUCUACGCAGAGGACAUGAGCCUUUUCACGUCGGAUUCGUGGUACUCGAGUGUCCGAAGUGCUUGUGGACUCAUCCGUGACUCGUCUAUUGUUCAGAUCUGUCUCAGUCGCAUCGCUCUCAGCGGUCUGUUCCAUGCCGAUGCGAAUGGGACUGCCAUGAGAAUCAGCACCUUCCGGGAGACCCCUGCCUUCGGCUGGAUGUUCGAAGAAGCGCGGAAGAAUCCUAGGGGCACUUCCUCCUUUCUCUGCAUACCUGGACCGGAUACCUGCAGAUUCUUCACAGCAGUGAUCGUCCGAAUCAAUCCCGUGGAUAAGACCGCCUGUUGCGAGUGACCGCAGAUUCACUCGUAACUGGAGUUUUGACAGAACCUGUCAAAUAGGCUCAUAGGGACCGGCGCCGGCGUAUGGACGCGGCGUCUCGACGCAAAGGGUUUUUUCCUCAGUACUGUCACUACGUACUGAGGUAAGCCCAGCGCUCGUUUCUAGUAUCGAGGACGCCGGACUAAUAGCACACCGUAGUAUAUACUUACACGGUGUCUAGGUAUCCUCAUCUCACCUGAGUACUGUCACUACGUACUGAGUAUAUACUUACACGGUGUCUAGGUUCUAACAGGUUAUGGGCAGCUGCAACUGAGAGCCACUGGAAGACACACGAGUAACAGCCCCUCACACACACAACACAAACCAAGAUGCCACUCGAGGUCAUCAAGGCAAAACCGGUCAGCGGAUUGACAGUUCUGGACUUCGAGAAAAAGAACUAUGUACCGUGGGCAGAAGCAGCCGAAGACGCAUUCAUGUACGCUGGCAUAAGCGACUACGUACAGGGCCUCGUAUCGAGACCACCAGCGGCACAUGCAGACGAAGCAACCUGGGUUAAGAACGACAAGCUAGCGCAAGCUGGGAUCAGAAUGCACAUCUCGGACACCGAACGGGCUUACCUCCGGGACAACUGCACAAUCACCUCCGCAAACGAUAUCUGGAAGAAACUUCGCGAACGCCAUCGUCAAAAAGCCGCAACGCAAACCUCACUACUUGAAGACGCACUUCGAAUCCGCAUACACAGGGACGCAAGCAUGCUCGACAACGCCACUGCCAUACGUAACGCGUGCAAGCAGAUCUUCGAGAUAGGACCACUCGAUGCAGACAAACUCGCCCUCGCCAUCCUCCUCAGCGCCCUAACGGGAGAACCGCUAAGACACAUUCGCACAAAGUAUGAGGACGACUCAAACGCUAAACCGGCACAGAUAGUCCACAUGCUAGAGAAAGAGAAGAUCCGUCUAGAGGAGGAGCUCAAGCAUCAAGCGGAGGAGGAGGAACGUGCAAACAGCGCACGAGCAAGCACACAGAAGCCGACAGCAAGUGGUCGCUGCAUCACAUGCAAAGGCCCACACAGAACAGACGAGUGCUGGGCCAAAGGCGGUGCAAUGGAGGGACGGCGAGACGAGGUACUGAAGAAACGCGAAGCAAGACGGGCAGGCAGAGACCAGAGGACACCAACCGCCCCGACCACCUCCACGGGACGUCGGAUCGCACUGAAAGGGGCAGACGGGAAACUCGUGUACUUCACGAUGGUCGAAAGCCCCACAGAGGAAAACAUUGCUGCAUCAGCAUUGACCAUGCACAGAAGCCCAGAAGACGAACUCACCUCCAAUGAAGAGCUGGAAGAACUCUACAGCGCGUAUCCAUCUCGACCCCGCAGCACCUCGAACGCAUCAUCAGAGUACUCAAUGUUAGCCAGGGACGACAAGCGCGCACUAGCGAUCAGCACGUCCGGGAUAUUCGCAGCAGAUUCUGGAGCAACGACACACAUAUCGCCCGAAAGGUCCGACUUCUUGACGUUCGAAGAGAUUCAUCCACGGAAGAUCUUCGGGGUCGAUGGCAACUUCAUUGUGGCAACGGGGCAAGGGGACAUACAUAUUCAGCACCCAAACGGGGCCAUUCUCGUCCUCAGGAAAGCUUUAUACGUCCCACGUGCUGCGUUACGGUUAGCAUCAAUCGGAUGCAUCACAGAUGCAGGGCUCACCGUCACCUUCGACAACACUUUGUUCUCUAUCACCGACCAAGCCGCAACCACCCUUGCAACCGGAACUAGACACAAGGCGAAGCUCUACACCUUGGACGGACACAUUCUCACAUCGCAUCACACAGCGGCCAACGCGUCAAACACUAAGCCGACAGCAGCUAGCCUCGAAGUAUGGCAUCGUCGCCUUGGCCACAUAGGAUGGUCAACGAUUCGCCGCAUGGCUGAGAAGGGCAUGGCAACAGGCUAAACGGCCAGUCCCCAAGAUGCGGAGCGGUGCAAGGUCGAAGAGGAAACUGGGAGUAGUCUAUAUAGACCUCACCGGACCAGAAGCCAUUACCUCCGUGCGACACAAUAAAUAUUCAAUGCAGCUGGUCGAUGAAUACUCCGAUAUG